AUGGACCCUUUUAAUGAAGUGCAAGAUGAUGCAUACGCAUCAGUAGCAAGAUUAGAGACUUUAAUUGGGAAAUCUGGAAACAUUAAUGAUGUAAAGAAGAUUGAUUUUGACAAUAAUUUCCAGGAGUUGAGUGAGAUAUUUAAAGACCUAGAGCAAGCUCUCAAAGCUAGUGAAGCAGACCCAGAGUCAUUUCUGCUAACCUCGAUCGAUAUUGAUGAUAGAAGGAAGAGACUAAAAGAUUUAGAUACGAAAAUUCAUCAGAUAAAGGAGAAUUGGGACGCUAAAAUGCGAAAUACCAACAGAGAUGUGACCUCAAUGUCAAACAGGAUUAGUCAAGAUGAGCAGGAUGAGAACCCGUUCGAUGAUGAUAAUAAUUAUAGAUCUAUGGAUCAAUUUCAACAGCAACAAAUAAUACAGGAGCAAGAUGUGCAUCUUGAUUCUAUUCACGAAACCAUGAGAUCCUUAAAUCAACAAGCACAACUUAUGGGUGGAGAAUUAGAGAAUCAGGCUGGCAUGCUUGAAGAUUUAGAUACAGAAUUAGAUAACGUAGGUGAUAGGGUUCAAAGAGGAUUGAAGCGAAUUGGAUAUGUAAUCGAAAAAAAUCGGGAAAAGGCAAGUGAUUGGUGCAUAGGUAUUUUGGUUGUCGCAUUGUGCAUUCUAUUGAUUCUUGUCAUUGCGAUAUAG